GGAGGACGUGGCAGACGGUGGGAUUCGGCUGGGUUCCUGUCAGCUUCCUGUAGUGGGUGAAGAUGGCGGCUGCCUGGUUAGUCCUGCUCCUCUGUGCGGCGCUCAGUCCUGCGGCCGCUCUCUAUUUCCACAUCGGGGAGACAGAAAAGAAAUGCUUCAUAGAGGAGAUCCCCGAUGAGACCAUGGUGAUAGGUGAGAUAGGGGGUAGAGGGAGCUACAGGAAGAAGCCAUGAGGCAGGCAGGCAGGGAGGCAGGGAGGUGGGUGAGGCACAGUAUGUGAGGGUAUGUGUGAAAUUAUAAUGUCUUAGAAAUGUCUUCUCUGGUAAUGGGAUACUACUCCCAGGCUGCUUUGCUAGUCUUACAGCUUUCAGAGCAUCAUGGUAGUUGUAGUCCAACAUCUGGUGGAGAAUUUCCCUUAGUAAGCAGAAUAUUACACUAUUAACUUAUUAUUUCCAGUAAUUAUACUUGCCAUAUGGAGGAAGUACAUGAUUGUAAUAUAAACAUGCACAUUUAUUGUAUAAAUGCAAUGCCACUCCCCUCCAAUUGUGAUAUGAUUUCCCCCUUGCUCUCCCCCUAUUGUAAUAUGACCUGACCCCCCCACACCUCCAAUUGUGAUAUGAUUAGCCCCCCCCACCACACACACACACACACCUCCAAUUGUAAUAUGACUUGUAAAGCGCUUAUACUCUUGAAAUUUGGCUACACAAUGUCAUUAAUGGCUUGAUAAACUGGUCCUACUACAUAAGAAAUCAUGUACAGAUAUCGUAGUGUGAGUCCCCUCCCUAAAUAAAAAAUAUAUAACCAAAAAUAAUCUCUGAAUAUGUCCUCAUUCAGCCAGUUGUGUUUAUAUGAAAUAUUAAUAUUUAUCCUUUCCAUCCUAGCUAGACUUGUUUUAAACCAUACAGCAAGGAUUCCCAAUUUUUCCUGUGGAACCAAUUGACAUAGUGUACCAACAUCGUGGAACCCAUCUCCCCCCCAACCCCAAACAAUGUAUAUAUACUGAUUUCUAGUAAACAAAUUGUGGUUAGAAGUUGUGCUUUUGUGUGUAAAGUUGGGGUGUGUGUGUGUGUGUGUGUGUGUGUAUGUAUAUAUCUUUUUUUCUUUAUGCACUGGUGUGUUUGGAUGUAGUGUUGGCUUUUAAAUGCAGAUGUACAUUUGUGUGUAGUAUUAGUGUUUGAAGGGUGUGUUUUAGUGUUGUAUAUAAAUUUGGAGUUGGAAUUCAGGGGUGUUUUUGUAUGUAAUAUUUGUGUUUGAUUACUGGGAUACAUACACUGCCACAUACAUACUUACACAGAUAUACAUACAUAGUAACACAAAGAUACACACGAUAAACACAUUGACACAUACGCACGGAGACACUGAUGCAUACGUCACCAUUGUUACGAUUGCAGCCAUCCUCCUGUUAGGUUACCUUUUGUCUGCAGGAGGGUGACUUGCUUGGAGUGCUGCUUGCUGAGACUGAUCUUUGAAGAGUCUGCAGCAGCUCACUCCUUGCUUCUGCGUCUCCAUCGAGCGUGGCACUCAUCUGGGAGAAUGUGACCGGCUGUCACUUCCUCCCAGCAUCCAAUACUACAUGGGCCCAGUCAUGGUCUUAAAGGGCUGCAGCUCCUUACCAGGCACCUGUUUAGCAAUAAUACCCAUUGGGUGGCCCUGAGUGCAUGGGCCACCCAAUGGGCAAAUUGAGUCAGAACACCAACUGGGAAACGCUUACUUAGAGGGUUAUUCACUAAAGGAAGAAUUCAAAGUGAAUAGAAAACAUUCUAAUCCAGCUAUUCUUCCAGUUUAUUUUGACCUUAAAUUUGCUGUUCACUUUAGUUAAAAAUUGUAUAUAAUCACUUGCAGAGUUCAUGUGCUUCAGAAACCAAAGCCAUUUUGGCACUUCUGCUAUAUGUCUUUGCUUCACCACAGUUUUACACUGUCAUUAAUUGCACCUAUAUAUAGUGUGUAUGUUUCGGGUGGGGGGAGGGUUAUGCAUAGAUAAAUUAAUAAGUGAGUGUAAGUGAAAAAUAAGCAGUGUUUGCUUAUAGUCAUUUAAUGAUCACUAAAACCAGAACUGAUACACAGAUCUAUUUAUAGGAGCAAGAUUCCCAAUAGUCUUUUCCUAGGGCCCUUUUGAUGGGUUUCUUUGACAAAUAAACACUCCGUUUUAUAAUUGCUGUGUAUAUAAUAAUCAUGAAAUGGACUAGUUGUAGUGGGUACAAAAACGUGGGGUAACGCUACAUCCUCUGAAUAAAUUAGAGAAUUCAGGCUUACCAUGGACCCUUUGGAUAACUGCAACGUUGAAGGAAACUGUCUGAGAUGGAAUGAACAGGGAAGUCUAGAUGCUUUUUUUUUUUUUUUUUUUUUUUUUAAACUUCUUUAUUUUUGACAGGCAGUCUGUAGACAAGCUAGUACAAUUCUUAUACAUAGGUAUAUAAUAUUGCAGUGGAGAUGUAUAGCAAUACUUCACAUAACAAGAAUGUAUAGGUCAAGGAGUCUCCUUGGCUCAAUCUGGUCGAUAAGUUUCUUGGUAGACUAGGUCAUACACUGGAUCCAAUCGCCCAUUUUGUUACCAUGGAAAAAAUGAAUUAAAACAAGAAAGAUAUAUAUAUAGGGGGAGAGGGUUAGGGUACCCACCACUGUGUAUAUCUUGUGCCAUGUACCUUUUUAAGGGAUCUGUUGCUCAUCUGUAUAAACCUGCCAUGGUUCCCAAACCUUAUGAAAUGAUGGGAGGGAGAAAUCUAGAACUUUUAUGAAGUUAAUUAACAUUGACGUGAUUUUUAAUCAUUAUAUUUAACACUGCAGGAAACUAUCGUACCCAGCUUUAUGAUAAGCAAAGAGAGGAGUAUCUGCCGACAACACCUGGACUUGGCAUGCUUGUGGAAGUGAAGGAUCCAAAUGAUAAAGUAAUAUUGGGGUUCACAAUCAGUGGUUGGUUUAAAUCAGGACUGGUUUUCCAUAGGAACACAGUAAUACUUAUAUCUUUAUUUUGAUUAGGUUAUCCUUUCUCGGCAAUAUGGGGCAGAUGGGCGUUUUAUCUUCACAUCGCACAUUCCUGGGGAGCAUCAGAUCUGUCUUCAUUCAAACUCUACAAAGUUUUCACUUUUUGCUGGUGGCAUGUUGGUGAGUGUUUCUGAACAUACUGCAUGUUAGAUGCAAGAGCCAUACAAGCAAAAACAUGUAUUUCUCAUGCCUGAAUCAAUACCUCUUAAAAAAAAAAAAAAGUGUUUCUCUCUUAAAAAUAAUUGAUUUAUUUUAUUAAAUUCUGGGUUUCUUAAAGAUCAAUACUGCCAUCUGAAAGUAUUCUGUUAGCAGCAAUGCCCAUCACAAUGAUUUCAAUGUGAAUGUUUGUUUUGUGUAUUACAUAAACCCCACAUAGUCCUGUAUUUUGUGCAUGUACUUCAUACAGUGAAUAGGGUAUAUCCGCUAAUAGAACACACAUGGCACAAUGAAAAUCAAAAAAACAUAAUUACUUAUUUACCUAAUUCUGUUAGAUGGGUUGUUGUAGGUUUGGGCCUAGAGAGUCCUUUUUAUUACUGAGGAAGAAACCUGCAAAUUGCUGUAUCUUAUCGGCUGCAAACAGACUGUAAGAUUAGUUGCACCACAUUGCAACACUCCUGGUAUUCUUAUCAAUGUGUUUUGUCUAUUCCAGCCAUUUGUCCGAUAAGUUCUUGAUAUUGUGGGUAGUUCUUCUUUUUCUUUUCAUUCUCCCAGUGAUAUUAUGGCUGCAUACACACAGAGCUUACAUUUGAGACCUAUUUAUCAGUUAAAAUGACACUGCUGAAGAUUUGUUUGGAAAUAUUCCAGUUUGUGGUACCGCAUUUGGCUGUUCUAAACCACUUGAAACUAUUGUUUUCUCUGCAGAGAGUUCACCUUGACCUGCAGGUUGGGGAGCAUGCUGUUGAUUAUGCUGAGAUUGCUGCCAAUGAUAAACUGAGUGAAUUACAGCUUCGUGUCAGACAACUGAUAGAGCAAGUGGAACAGAUUCAGAAGGAACAGAAUUAUCAAAGAGUAAGGAAACCUGAUUCCAGCAAAACAAAACAAAAGAGUUACAGCUUGAAGAUGCCUUCUUUUCUAAUUCUAUUCGGAUUACUUACAAAGUGUUUUACCUGAAAGAAUACAUUGAGAUUUUCAAUUAUCUUGCAUGCUUCAGAACAUAUAGAAAAGUACAUUACACACACAUAUGUUGUUUCUGGCACAUUAAGGGACAUUUUAUACACGAAUUGACCCACAGUUGUUUUAUGUUUAGUUUUUUUUUAUAUAGAUACAUUUCUAACAUUUUACAGGAAUUAUUACUGGUUAAAUUACAUGUAGGUGUAGUUAAGAUAAAGUCACAGUAAAGAUAACGUAAAAAAUGAAGUCCCAGAUGCCCUCACUUGCCCAAUAUUAAAGUAUGUUGGUGCCUGGUGUGUCCUUUUAAGUGUUUUGGCUUUAUAUUCAAAUUGUUCAAAGUAUGAAACUGGAACAGAACACACACUUCCCUUAGCAGAUCUACACUGUGGUGCCACACAUACCACGGAGACUACCAGUCCCUUGAAAUAUACCAAAACAUAGACAUCAGGUGUCUCGGUACACACAUGAUGUCCAAAAUGCAAACUUUAUUUGAGUGGAAUGGUAAUGUUUCGACUCACACAAGCCUUUCUCAAGAGAAGAUGUGCUGCUGCCAUCACUGUCCCAAAGCCAAUCGGUGUCCUCUUGUUAUCUUCCCAUUAAGAAAGGUUUGAAAUACUAUACCAAUAACAGGAGGACAGUGAUUGGCUGUGGGGUGCAAUUAAAUUAGCAGCUCAGCUUGCAUUUUCUCUAUACCUUCCUGUCAAGAAGUUGUUUUUUGAAUAGGGGGGCAUGAGGCUAGUUAUGCUGCUGCAAAAGUCGUGGAAGAUAUCACAGCCUGAAUAUGAGGCUGAAACCACUCAAAUUAAUUUAAAUUGUGUUAAUGAUGAGUGUUCUUUUACAGUAUCACAGACUUGACAUCAUGUAGAUAUUGUUCAGGCAGAGAACUGAAAUAAUGAACCAGACACAGCUUUCUUUUUCAAUAAGUGUAUGCAACAUUAUGUCAUGUAUUAAGCAUGCUUUAUUGUCUUGCCAGUGGCGAGAGGAGCGGUUCCGUCAGACCAGUGAAAGUACUAACCAGCGGGUUCUCUGGUGGUCCAUUGCCCAGACUCUAAUCCUUGUGGCCAUUGGAUUAUGGCAGAUGAAGCAUCUCAAGAGCUUUUUUGAAGCAAAGAAACUGGUGUAACGCUAUUGGACAAACCCCAUCUAAUGUGCCAGAGAUGCAGGCCCCAUCUCCAGGUUGAUGUCUUCCAUUUACACCUCAGGAGGAUAUGAGUAUGAGACUGAGUUUCAAAAACUCCAGCAUGUGGGGCCAGAAACUCUGCCCGAAUGUUUUAUGUUACAGGUUUGCUGCCAUUAAUGGCAGACAUUUUGGAACUUUUUUACAAUUUAAUAUGAGAUUUUUGCCUGAAUCCCCUAUUCUCACCAUUAGAAUAUGACCCAUGCUUUAACAUUUUUAUCCAUCUAAGGAAAUGAGUAGUCAGUGUCUCCAAAAAGCAAUAUGUGCGGUCUUGUUUGUUCAACUCGUUCAUAGUGGGAGAGAUUUAAAAAAAAAAAAAAAAAAAACACUUGCACUAAAUGUGCAUGAAAAAUAGCACUUCCACUAUCUCCUAUGCUAUUGCUUGUAUUCUCCUUGUUAGGAGAGCUAUGGCUUUCCCAGGCAGCAAUGUUAAACUCAGAAAGGUGGGCCUGGAACUCUUCCAGAAAUGACACUGACCUAGGAGACCACUAAAAAAACUUGCAUUCUACUGAGGUGUUAAAGACAACAUUUCCAAGGUGCAAUGCCUUGAUAAACUGUUUGUCUCUGUACAUUUUUCCCAGUAUAUUUAGUUAAUAAGAGCCCAUGCAAAGUGAGCGUCAUUGCUGUGCUUUUCUUUGUCUGUCUGCUUUUUUUUUUUUUUUUGUAUGGUGUGGUGUGGUGGCCUCUAGGAUACUUUUUGAAUUGUAAUUUAACAAAUGAAUGGGAUACCAGGCUGAUUUUUUUUAGAUUUAUUUUUUAUGUAUUUAAAAUGAAUAGUUCCUUGCAGGGAGAAGUGAUUUUCAAGUUGUUAGAGGCAUUGAUUGGGUGUCAUAAAAACAUUGGUCAGGGCAGCGAUAAAGCUUUCAUUUUUGGGAGACAGUGACAUUCCCCUCUGACAGUAUUUUGGAUCAACUGCAAGUAGUAGAAACAACUUUCCUGCAUAUUUCCAUUUGAUAUGCCAUAAUGAGAUUCUUUUGUUCCCUCCCUGGAUUUAUUGCACAUGUCAAGGUAUCAGUAAUGGUUGCAGUAAUCUUCAAAAGACUGAUCAUUCGACAUUCAGGGAUUGGAGACAUUGGCAUUCCAAAUUCCAUGGACCGUGUCAAGUUGCUUGAACAUUUGGAGAUUUUUUUAUUUUAUUUUUUUUGUUCUGCUUCAAUAAUAAAAACAAACAGUCUAACUUG